AGAGGAUGUCAUGGGAAAGGAAUCUGUUCGGUUCUCGGUUGGUUGGUUGAGUUCGUUCGUACCAGAAGACGAGUUUGCUGAAACUUAAGGACCAAAACCCAAGGGCAUACAGCUGACGAUGGAAGUUCGAUCAAACUGACCUGAUCGAGUCCAUCCAAAUUGACUGGUGUUAUGUUGGAUCACAGGUCAAUUCGGUUGCCCUCGGGCAGUUGUAUGCACUUGGCUUGGGAUCGAUUGUGGCAAGGUGUCCGGUGCGGGAGGACCUACCGAAAGAAGACCAUUCGCAUCGCAUCGUGCCCGAGUGCUGGCCGUGCCGGUGGAAAAGACACGGGCAGCAGCGACUACCGCGAACCGCGCCAAAGGACCAAGAAUUCCACAGAUUUCAACAGAUGAUGGGCUCGCCCUCCGGCCGGCGCACUCGCCCGUGUCUAGCGCGUCGCACCGCCGAGGACGGCGGCCCGAUUUGCCCUCCUUAUUUAGGCGCCGUCUUUUGUCCCCGUCCCAGCCGAACCAAGGCGCAAUGAGCUCCCCCGUGGUGCGCCGCGCACUCCUCCUGUCACUCAUCUGCGCCGGAGCGCUCGGUUUCUUGCCCUGCUCCCAUGGCGCCGCGGUGGCGCCCGGCUACGUCACCGUCUCCGCUGCCAGAUUCAGGCCGUCCUCAACGUGCAGCUCCCUCGACCCAGUUGCGCAGCGGCGGCGGAACGGCACGUCCGCCGUGUUGCGGCUGACGCACAAGCACGGGCCGUGCGCCCCCUCGCGGGCGUCCUCCCUGGCGACCCCGUCGGUCGCUGACACGCUGCGCGCGGACCAGCGCCGGGCGGAGUACAUACUGCGGAGGGUGUCGGGGCGCGGCACGCCUCAGCUGUGGGACUCCAAGGCCGAGGCGGCGACGGCGACGGUGCCGGCGAACUGGGGGUUCAACAUCGGCACGCUCAAUUACGUGGUGACGGUGAGCCUCGGCACGCCGGGCGUGGCGCAGACGCUUGAGGUGGACACCGGCAGCGACUUGUCCUGGGUGCAGUGCACGCCGUGCGCGGCGCCGGCGUGCUACAGCCAGAAGGACCCGCUCUUCGACCCCGCCCAGUCGUCGUCCUACGCCGCGGUGCCGUGCGGAGGGCCCGUGUGCGGGGGGCUGGGCAUCUACGCGUCCUCCUGCUCGGCGGCGCAGUGCGGGUACGUGGUCAGCUACGGCGACGGGUCCAAGACCACGGGCGUGUACAGCUCCGACACGCUGACUCUGUCGCCGAACGACGCGGUGCGGGGCUUCUUCUUCGGCUGCGGGCACGCGCAGAGCGGGUUCACCGGCAACGACGGGCUCCUCGGCCUCGGCCGCGAGGAGGCGUCGCUCGUCGAGCAGACGGCGGGCACGUACGGCGGGGUCUUCUCCUACUGCCUCCCGACGAGGCCAUCCACCACGGGGUACCUGACGCUGGGCGGGCCGUCCGGCGCGGCGCCGCCGGGCUUCUCCACGACGCAGCUGCUGUCGUCGCCGAACGCGGCGACCUACUACGUCGUGAUGCUGACGGGCAUCAGCGUGGGCGGGCAGCAGCUGAGCGUGCCGUCGUCGGUGUUCGCGGGCGGGACAGUGGUGGACACAGGCACGGUCAUCACCCGCCUGCCCCCGACCGCGUACGCGGCGCUGCGGUCCGCGUUCCGCAGCGGCAUGGCCUCGUACGGCUACCCGUCCGCGCCGGCGACCGGGAUCCUGGACACGUGCUACAACUUCUCCGGGUACGGCACCGUGACGCUCCCGAACGUGGCGCUCACGUUCAGCGGCGGCGCGACCGUGACGCUGGGCGCCGACGGGAUCCUGUCGUUCGGCUGCCUCGCGUUCGCGCCCAGCGGCAGUGACGGUGGCAUGGCCAUCCUCGGCAACGUGCAGCAGCGGUCGUUCGAGGUGCGCAUCGACGGCACCUCCGUCGGGUUCAAACCCAGCUCCUGCUGAUCCAUCGAUUUACAGUCGGCGACGGCUUCUGAUAACAGAUAGCUAGUAGUAUAACAAGUAUAUGCGUGUACGCACGUACGUACACGAAAGUAUAGAGAUACAUCAUACAUACAGAGUUACAUAACACACUGUACAUGAUAGUACAGACAAACUACAGGAGAGCGUAUACCAUAGUACACAGUAGCGGUGGAAGUUCUUUCUUUGGUGGCAUUAGGAGGCUAACUAGAGACGUAAACGUGUUGACACAUGACACGUUCCAACUGAUUCGGCAUUGCUUUAUACAAAGGUGAUCUAUCUACGACUCAUGUCUCGCUGUCAAACUAGCUAGACGAUGGGCUGCUAAUCGAGUUAGGGCAGUGUUAGGAGGGCGUGUGGGCCUACUCUGCCCUGUUCUUUUGUAGUGGUGGCUCCUGGGUAAGAUUGGACUCUUCA